AAGAAAUAAAGUGUUGUUUCCUGACAACAGUUUACGUGGCUUCAGAGCUGCUAUCAGGUCCUCCUGAGGUCCAUCAGUCGAAGGUCUCGUCCCUCAUCAGCAGAUCUCUAUCAGACGAAGCCAGUUAAGCAUUAACCAGACUCACCUGCACAGGUGAGGGCGGGCUGAGCUGCAGGCACUCACACUGAAGCUGAAGAUGAGGCUGCAGCUCGACCUGUUCCUCCUGCUGGUGCUGGUGGUGAGCAGGGUGGUCUGCACGCCCCUGAAGAAGAGCGAGGACAGGAAGAAGCUGCUGCUGGUGUCCUUCGAUGGCUUCAGGUGGGACUACGACCAGGACGUGGACACGCCCAACCUGGACCAGCUGGCUGUGGACGGGGUCAAAGCCAAGUACAUCACCCCCCCGAUGCUGACCAUGACCUCGCCAUCCCACUUCACCACCAUCACCGGCAGGUGGGUGGAGGACCAUGAAGUGGUCCACAACAUGAUGUUCAACACCACCACCAACCUGAAAGUUCCUCACAAAGAGAGCAUGAAGAGAUCGGAGUGGUGGGACAACGGAGUUCUGCCGUUAUGGAUCACAGCCCAGAACCAGGGUCUGAAAACUGCUUCGUUUUUCUUCCCGGGGGGCGGAGUCUCCUACAGAGGUCAGGCGGUCAACAGAACUCGUCUCGCAGAGGUGGGUCAUCCCGAUGACAAUGUGACCGAGUGGCGUCAGAACGUCGACACGGUGGUCAGCUGGUUCUCCAAAGAGGAGUUUGACCUGGUCACGCUGUACUUUGGUGAGCCCGACAACGUGGGCCACGCCAAGGGGCCGGACCACCCCGACAGAAAGAAGAUCAUCGCGCAGAUCGAUUACAUCAUCGGUUACCUGAGAGACGCCAUCAACAACCACAAUCUGAUGGACAGUCUGAACGUCAUCAUCACCUCAGACCACGGCAUGACCACCAUAAAGAAGAGACCGCAGGUGGACGAGAUCAUCCUCAACAAGUACUUGAACCUGAUCAAGCUGGCCAGCUUCGAGAUCCUGGACUACGGUGGGUUUGGAAUCCUGACUCCACGCCCGGGGAAGGAGCAGGAGGUCUACGAUGCUCUGUCCAAAGCCCCCAACCUGACAGUCUACAAGAAACACGAGAUGCCUGAGAGCUUCCAUCUGGGCAGGAGUGAGCGGCUGCCCCCCAUCGUGGUCAUGGCUGACCUGGGCUUCAACCUGAACUCU